UGAUCUUACAAAACACAUUUGUUAUAUGUCACUCCUGAUUAUAACAUGUAAGCUCCAGGAUCUUAGAUAUAAACUUGUUAAGUUAUUUUGGUAUCCAUUUCAUGGUUGUUUUGUUUACAGCCAUCCCCCUUCCCCAGUUUUUUUUUUUUUUCAUUUGCAGAUGGCUCUCUUGGUAUCUGCCUGGUGUGAUGUGGUGAGACUGUUUGUCCGAGAGCUGACGAGUGCCAGACAUAUGGAAUUUCUUUCCUCUGCUGCUGCUCACUCUCUCGUCCUUCUUACUCCCUCUGUCUCGCACCAGCACACACACCCUCUCUCUUUCUCGCACUCACAGAACUUUUUUUUUUUACCGCCUAGCUCCUUUUUAAAUGAUUUUGAGAGAGUGGAGAGAAGCAUUUGGAUAGUGGUUGAGAUGCAGGAGCACCACAGAUUCCUGAGACCAGCGGAGAGAUAGGAGCCUCACCCUGCCUGGAAAAGAAAUAGAGCAAAUAGAGCAAAAGAGGAGAAGAAAGAGGAGAAACAAGAGGCUCCUCAAUAUUACAAUUAUUACUAUUGCCACAUCACUUCUUUGCAACCACUAUUGGAUGUCUUUGUUGGUUGUGCGAUAAUGGAGACACUAAGACUGACAUUGUUCUCCUUAAUGGUCUUGCUGCUGUUCUGGUCUGUCUCUACCGCCCGGCAAAACCUCUCAGAGAGAGCGGAGAGGAAAGUUGAACGUCUGGGCCAGGUCUUCCGAAAGAAUGUGCGUCUUCUUCGGGAGCAGGGUGGCCUUCUGGAUCUGGUUUUCCUUGUGGAUGAAUCGUCCAGUAUGGGAGCUUCAAACUUUGGGAGCGAGCUGCGAUUCGUACGGAAGCUGCUGUCAGAUUUUCCAGUGGCGCCGGAGGCAACCCGUGUGGCGCUGGUGACAUUUAGUUCCAAGAACCAUGUUGUUACAAGAGUGGACUAUGUGUCGAUGCCCAAAGCUCACCAGCACAAGUGCUCUCUCUUCAGCAAAGAGAUCCCUUCCAUCACCUACAGAGGAGGAGGCACCUACACGAGGGGGGCUUUCCAGCGGGCAGCGCAAAUCUUGCGGCACUCGCGUGAGAACGCCACGAAAGUGAUCUUCCUCAUCACUGACGGCUACUCCAACGGCGGAGACCCGCGGCCCGUGGCGGCGGCGCUGAGGCAGAGAGGCGUGGAGAUCUUCACGCUGGGCAUCUGGCAGGGGAACAUCCGUGAGAUACACGAUAUGGCCUCACACCCGAAAGAUCAACACUGCUACCUGGUGCACAACUUCGCUGAGUUUGAAGCGCUGGCUCGACAUGCUCUCCAUGAAGAUUUGCCCACCGGAAGUUAUAUUCAGGAGGAUCUGGCCCAGUGUUCAUCAUUGUGUGAAGAGGGAAAGCACUGCUGUGAUAUAAUGGCCAACUGUAAAUGUGGUACACACACAGGGCAGUAUGACUGCGUGUGUGAAAGAGGAUACUAUGGAAAAGGACUUCAACAUGAGUGUACAGCUUGUCCAUCUGGCACUUAUAAACCUGAGGCAGUUCCUGGAGGUGUGGGUACCUGUCUGCCCUGUCCAGACCUUCAUCACACAUCCAGGCCUGGAAGUACAGACACCUCAGACUGUGUGUGUAUGGAGGGCUACAGACCACACAACAACACAUGCCAAGUGGUGGUUUGUCCAGUCCUCUCUCCUCCAGAGAAUGGCUUCUUCAUCCAGAAUGUGUGUAAUAAUCAGUUUAACUCUGCUUGUGGUGUGCAUUGUAUGGCAGGCUUUGACCUGCAGGGAGAUAAAAUCAGACUUUGCCAGCCAGACGGGACCUGGUCGGGAGUUCAGCCGAGCUGCAGAGUUCGCUCUUGCCCAGAUCUCUUUCCUCCGCAUCACGGGGAGCUAAACUGCAGUGAACGGAGCGUCCCCUACAGGCUGGAGUGUUUUGUGCGCUGUGAGAAAGGCUACAGGCUGCAGGGCAGAGCCAGACUCACCUGCCUGGCCAGCUCCCAGUGGAGUGGGCCACAGCCCCGGUGUGUGGAGGUGCGCUGUCCUCCACUGGUUACCCUAAAGCAUAUCCGUCUGUCGCCCUCUGGCUGCGGGGAGACUGAGGUCAGGAUGGGAGGAUCAUGUCAGUUAACUUGUCCCCAUGGUUACAGUCUGCUUGGUGACUCAGAAGUCAGAUGUUUGCCCUCUGGAAACUGGAGUGAUGAUCUACAUAAAGCAACCUGUGCAGAUACAGAACCUCCAUGGAUUCAGUGCCCUGGUGAUGUCAUAACAGAGACUGAUAAGCAUCAGAGGUCAGCAAACAUCAGUCUGAGCGCACCCAUGCUGAGGGACAAUUCAGGAGAUGAGGUUGUGGUGCGGGUGACCCCUGUUUUGAACUCCUUGCAGCCUUUCCCCAUAGGGAGUGAGUUCAUUACGUACACAGCAACUGACCGUACAGGAAACAAGGCCAACUGCUCUUUCUCUGUUACUGUAGUUGAUGCUGAACGUCCUUUGAUUGACAGGUGUCGAUCACCACCCACCGUUAAAGCCACAGGGAAAGAGACAGCAGUAUGCUGGGAGGAGCCUCUAUUUUCGGACAAUUCAGGAGCCAAUUUGAAUAUCUCUAGUACUCACUCCUCUGGUGAUGUCUUUCCUGUUGGAGAAACAUCAGUCUAUUAUACAGCCACAGACCCAUCUGGCAACAACCGUACCUGUGAGCUCAUCAUUACAGUACAAGGUUCAACCUGUGAGCAGCCUUUUGUGCCAGUGAAUGCGGAUUUCUCGUGUGCCAAGACAGAGGAGGGGGUGAACUGUACUCUGAUCUGCAGACAGGGUUACAGUCUUACCCAGGACAGUGUAAACAGCUACUUCUGUGCCAAUAAUGGAAUCUGGGAGCCGCCCCGCUCGCCAGACAAGCCUGAUUGCUCCUUGAACAGGAUUGCGAACAAUGGCUUUAAGCCCUUCGAGAUGCUCUUUAAAGCAUCCCGCUGUGAUGAUCUGGAAUUGCUAAAAUCCUUCACAGGGGAGUUUUCCACUAUCCUUAAAGAUAUGGUCCCUAACAUCUGUGGUGGCGAUUAUGUCACCUGUAAGCUAGAAAUUAUGUCACCUGGACAGUGCCUGGAAUAUAACUAUGAUUAUCCAAAUGGAUUUGCUAUUGGCCCUGGAGGAUGGAGCAGUAAUUGGGCUUCUCAGAACGGUCAGGAUUAUGCUUAUUUUGACACUGGAUUUGAUCCAGAGCAACACUUACAGCAAGAUGGUACAUCACAGCAUAGCCAUCACAUGAGAACCAAACGUCAUCGUAAAAACACAGGCCCCACAAGAGAGCAGAAGAUACAAAUCAAUUUCAACAUCACAGCAAGCAUCCCACUGCCUCUGUUGAGGAAUGACUCAGCAGAGAUAGUCAAUCAGAAGCGUUUGCUGAGGGCCCUUGAGCAGCUGACCAAUCGGCUUAAGCGCACGCUGAGCAAGCAGCCGUUCAGCACCUUCCAUGUGUCAUCUGAGAUGAUCGUAGCUGACCUCAAAUCCCUGGGAAGUAAAAAAGUGAAACUUUACUGUCGGCCAGGCUCUGUUCUCAAAGGCAGGAUGUGUGUGCAAUGCCCAGUAGGUACGUAUUUCUCCCUGGAGUAUGCAGAGUGUGAGAGCUGCUGGAGAGGGUCGUAUCAGGAUAAGGAGGGGCAGAUUGAGUGUAAGCUUUGCCCAGAUGGCUUCUCCACUCCAUACCUCCAUUCACGCAGCCUGGCAGAGUGCAAAGUGCAGUGUCAGCCGGGCAGCUCAUCACUGAGUGGGCUGGAGACCUGCGAGUCCUGUCCAUUAGGGGAGUACCAGCCGGGUUUUGGCUCCCUGACCUGUCUGUCAUGCCCACCCACCACUACCACUGUUAAUAGAGGGGCUGUGGACGUCACUGAGUGUGGUGUACCGUGUUCUGCAGGUCACUUCUCUCGUACGGGUCUGGUUCCAUGUUACCCUUGCCCCAGAGAUUAUUACCAGCCUGAAGAGGGCCGAUCCUACUGCCUCUCCUGCCCCUUUUUUGGCACCACUACAAUAACUGGAGCCAAAGCCAUCCAACAGUGCUCCAGUUUUGGCUCUAGUUUUUUGCCUAAAGAGGAAAGUGCCACUCCAGUGCCAGAAGUGGCUGUGGGAAAUGAGUAUCAAGCCAGUAGUCAGAUGUUCCACGAAUGCCUUCUGAAUCCAUGUCAAAAUCAAGGCACUUGUGAGGAAGUCGGGGUAGGAUAUGUUUGCACCUGUCUUCCAGGAUUUACAGGAGCCAAGUGUGAGAGUGACAUUGAUGAAUGUGAGUCUAUACCUUGUCAAAAUGGAGGCUUGUGCAGAGAUGGCAUGGGAGAUUUCAGGUGUCAAUGUCAGCUGGGGUUUGUAGGGUUGCUGUGUGAGGCAGAGGUUAACGAAUGCAGCUCAUCGCCUUGUCUGAAUGAAGGAGUCUGUGUGGAUGAGGUGAAUCACUUUACAUGUAGCUGCCCAGAUGGAUUCACAGGUUCACGCUGUGAGUUGGAAAUAAAUGAGUGCGCUUCCAACCCAUGCCAGAACGAAGGUGUUUGUAAAGAUUUGGAGGGUGGGUAUUUCUGCUCAUGUCCUCAGGGCUUCACUGGAGACAGUUGUGAGGUUGAUGUCAAUGAUUGCUACAGCGCCCCCUGUCUGAACGGAGGAACGUGUGUUGAUGCUGUCAAUAAUUUCAGGUGUGAAUGUGUGAAUGGAUACAGAGGCAUGCUGUGUCAGUUGGAUAUAGACGACUGCGAACCCAAUUUGUGUUUGAAUGGUGCGACCUGUGUGGACGGAGUGGCCACUUUCAUCUGCCGAUGCGCUCCUGGGUUCAAUGGAACCAGGUGUGAGACAGAAAUGCCCUCAUCGUUUGAUGUGUUGUUUGAAGUUUCUGGUAUCCAUGGUUAUGUAAUGAUGGAUGGUCACAUGCCGCCACUUACACAGAUCACAUGUACAUUUUGGAUGAGGUCAUCAGACAUUGUUAACUACGGAACUCCCAUCUCUUAUGCUGUUGAAGGAAGUGACAAUGCAUUUCUGCUCAUAGACUAUAAUGGAUGGGUGCUGUAUGUAAAUGGAAAAGAGCGGAUCACUGACUGUCCAGCUGUAAAUGAUGGCCUCUGGCACCACAUCGGUGUGUCAUGGCGCAGCAAGGAUGGAGAUUGGAGGGUUUAUAUUGACGGGAGCUCUUCAGAUGGAGGGAAAGGAUUAUCCAUUGGCACAACUAUACCAGGAGGGGGUGCGCUGGUACUGGGACAGGAUCAGGACCAGAGAGGAGAUGGCUUCAACCCUGUGGAGUCUUUUGUGGGCACUCUUAGCCAGCUCAAUGUAUGGAACUAUGUUUUAACUCCACAUCAGAUCAGGUCUCUGGCCAGCAGAUGUCCACGUGACCUGAAGAAAGGGAACGUGUUUGCUUGGCCUGACUUCUUGGGAGGGGUCACAGGAAGAGUAAAGACCAGCAGCAAAAGCAUAUUCUGUGCUGACUGCCCUCUGCUGGAGGCUUCUGUUCCUCAACUACGCUCUUCCAGUACAGCAGUGAGCCCAGGCUCUAAGGUGCAUUUCUCUUGCAGUCCUGGCUUUUAUCUGGUUGGGGAACCAGUGCAGCAGUGCUUAAACAGAGGACAGUGGAGCCAUGCAGAGCCAGUUUGUGAACGUGUUGAAUGUGGUCCUCCUCCUGACCUGGAGCAUGGCCAAUAUCAUGGAGAGGAUUUCUAUGCUGGGAGCUCAGUGGUGUAUCAAUGUAAACCAGGCUUCUACCUGCUCGGGAAGAGCAAGAUACUGUGUGCAAACAAUGGCAAAUGGAUCGGCAACCCACCUGCAUGUCUGGAUGUGGAUGAAUGUGCUCUGGGGUCUGAAUGCGAUGAACAUGCUAGUUGCAAGAACACCGAUGGCUCUCAUAUAUGUACCUGCAUACCCCCAUACAGUGGAGAUGGAAGGAAUUGCACAGAGCCAGCGAAAUGUAAAGAUCCAGGUGUUCCUGAGUUUGGGCACCGUGAGGGCAGUAACUUCACAAUGGGCAAUGAUGUGGUGUUUUCCUGUACAGAGGGCUAUGAGCUGAUUGGAUCAUCCCAUAUUUCCUGCUCAGAGGAAGGAAUUUGGGAGGGAGCAGUCCCAUACUGCAGAGCCCUUUCCUGUGCUCACCCAACUCUCCCAGAAUACGGAAUACUGAAAGGGACAAACUUAACAUACGGAAGCAAGGUGACUUUCAGCUGUGAGAAGGGCUAUGUCCCCCAGGAGCCAAUUGAAAGCCACUGUCAAUCUAAUUUGAAGUGGAGCAGAGAGCCCCCUGUUUGUCAGCCUGUAACCUGCGGUGAGCCCCCAGCAGUAGAUUAUGCCGAGUAUACCCUCAACAGAAAAGUCUACCUUUCCACCCUAACAUACACCUGCAUGAAAGGAUACAGAUUGCAGGGUGCCAUGGAGCUGCAGUGUGAGGCAUCAGGAGAGUGGGCAUCUCCUCCACCUAUCUGUGUCAGAGUGGACUGUGGCAAACCUCCUCCUUUGACGGGUGCUGUAAUUAAGGGUGACAACUUCACACUGGGUAGUCGAGUCUACUAUAUUUGCAAAGAGGGUUACAUCCUGCUUGGUGUAGAAACUAAGGAAUGCCUCCCAAGUGGUAACUGGACUCAGCAUUCUGCCCAGUGUGUUCCUCGGUCUUGUGGGCCACCACCCCCAGUUGACCAUGCCUACCUACCUGAUAUUGGACACCAGCUGUUUGGCGACAUGGCUAACUACUUCUGUAUUGAUGGCUACACUGCUGAUAACAAUACAAAACUUUUCUGCAAUGCCCAAGGUAUUUGGGCACCCCCAGAAAGCUUUGGUAUUCCUCACUGUAUUGCCAACUUCUGCCAGCGUCCCCCAGAUUUACCUCACGCCAUUCUGGAUUCCAUCAACAAACCAAAGUAUGCGAGCAACACAGAGGUCAGCUACAAGUGUGAGGAGGGCUUUGUUCUCAAUGCAACAGGAACACUGAAGUGCCUGAUAGGAGGGGAGUGGACACCUUCACCUUUGGAUAUUGGCUGUAUGCCUGUAAGAUGCUCAAAGCCAGAGAGUAUAGGGAAGGGUUAUGUAAGUGGGAGCAAUUAUAGUUUUGGAGCUGUGAUUGCAUACAGCUGUGAUAAAGGGUAUUUCAUUCGAGGAGAGAAGAGGAGGAUUUGUAAAGCCAACGGUGAGUGGGGCGGUGUCUUGCCCACAUGCCAGCCUGUUUCCUGCCCCAAGCCACCUCACUUGGCUAAUGGAUUCUUACAGGGCCAAAUGAGAAACAACAGCUAUGUGUACAGCAGUAAGGUGACGUACGCGUGCAAUGACGGGUAUCGUCUGACUGGGAAGCCUGAACGUGUAUGUAUGGCUGACAAGCAGUGGUCAAACAGAAACCCUCCUGUUUGUGUCCUCCUCACCUGUCCCCCCCCUCCCAAUAUCAAAAAUGGCCGCUAUCAUGGCUCCACCUUUGAGGUUGGCAGUAAGGUGGAAUUUGUCUGUAAAGAAGGAUAUGAACUUAUUGGAGAUUCUGUAUGGAUGUGUUUAAAGAUCGGAAAGUGGGACAAGAGCACAGCCCCUCUUUGUUCUCCAGUUCAGUGCCCCGAGCCACCUUUAGAAGAGAAUCAUCUCGUACUGCAUGGAUUGGAUUCUGACUCGGGCACAGUGGAGCUUUCUUGUGAGGAAGGCUAUGUUCUUCUGGGUGCACGGACUCUUCGUUGCACCCCAUCACAAGAGUGGAAUGACUCUUUCCCUGUUUGCAAACAAGUGUUCUGUGAACCUCCUCCUGAUGUUUCCUUUGGUGACCCAUCCGAUACACUGUCCUACUUUGGGAGUGUCGUGACCUACUCUUGCAUGGAUGGCUUUACUCUGCAGAAAGAAGCUUCUGUCCACUGCCAGGCAGAUGGGACCUGGAGCAAACCUUAUCCUGACUGCAUUCCUGUUGAAUGCAAACAGCCUGAAGAGAUACCAAAUGGAACUGUGGAUGUUCACGGUCUAAUGUACCUCAGCACUGCCAUCUAUAGCUGUAAAGCAGGGUAUGACUUAGUAGGUAACAAUACUGUGCUUUGUGGUCAAAGCGGGUUGUGGAUAGGAGGUGUACCUGUAUGUCACCCUGUUAAGUGUGCUGCACCUAAGGAGAUUCCCAAUGGCUCGGUUAAGUACUCAAGGCUCCAGUUUAGCCAAUCUGUUACGUAUUCCUGCCAGAGGGGAUACCGCUUACAAGGCCCAGAAACACUUACCUGUCUAGAGAAUGGAGAAUGGGACCAGGAGGCUCCUGACUGUGUGCAGAUCUACUGUUCUUCUCCCAAACCUAUUGCCAAUGGCUUUGUGGAAGGACGGGACUGUAAGUUUGGGGUCACAAUCUUUUAUAGCUGCUUCCCAGGUUUCUUCCUAUUUGGUAAUAAUCAUCUCACUUGUGAAGAACAUGGCUGGUCAAGCUCUGAGCCCAUAUGUGCUCCUGCUGACUGUGGCCUGCCUCCACAUAUCGAUUUUGGUGACUACUUGAAGGUCAGAGACCCCCUAGCUGAAGACGGGACACCUACAGACCAACAGUUACCAAUUAACAAUAACUUUUUACAUGGGUCCAUGGUUCAAUAUCACUGCCAUGUAGGGUAUGAAAUGAACGGUGGCAUCAUGUUGAUGUGUCAGGAAGAUGGAACAUGGAAUGGAACAGCCCCUGUGUGUGCUCCUGCACAAUGUGAGACACCGCCCAGCCCUGAGUAUGGAUCAGUAACAGUAAAAAAUAGUGCACUCGGCAGCCUUGCAGAGUACAGCUGUGAGGAGGGUUACGAACUCAAUGGACAGCCAGUCCGACAAUGCAUUUCUGGCCGCCAGUGGACCAUUGAAGCUCCUCGCUGUUUGCCUAUUUCAUGUGGUGAUCCCGGAGGCAUUGCAAAUGGUGAGGUGAUUGGAAAAUCCUUUCACUUCAAGGCAGUUAUUCACUAUGAGUGCCACAGCGGGUUUGUUCUUGAGGGUGUUGAAGUGAGAACUUGCCAAGUUGAUGGAAAAUGGGACAACAAAGCUCCAUGGUGUAAAGCAGUUUCCUGUGGGCGCCCUGUUGUUUCAAAGGAUGUUUUGGUGAGAGGAGAUGAUUACACAUUUGGCAAGAGGUUGUUGUUCAGCUGCAAUAUCGGUUUCAUCCUACAGGGGGCACCGACCAGUGUUUGUUUGCCCAAUGGCAGUUGGAGUGAAACUGCUCCAAAGUGCCUUCCAGCCAACUGUGGUCAACCACCUGUAAUUGAAAAUGGCAGAGUAACAGGCACAGAUUAUGGUUACAAUGGGAUGGUUAGGUAUGAGUGUGACAUUGGUUACGUCUUAACUGGAAAUCCUACUCUAAUUUGCAGAGGUGAUGGGCUAUGGGAUGACCCUCCUCCACGGUGCGACAUAGUCACGUGCGAUCCACCUGAGGACAUAAGCCAUGGUUACCUGAAUGGAUCAAGCUUUAAUUUUGAUGAUGUUGUGGAGUACAUUUGCUUCCCAGGCUAUGAGGUGGUUGGCAGUUUAGUUUUACGAUGUGCUGCUGAGGGAAUCUGGCUAGGGAAAGUUCCUGAAUGCCGACCGUGUGUAUGCAGUCCCCCGGUACUGAAGUAUGGCACUGUUUUUGGCAAAGACCACACCUGUGGAGCAAGCGUCUGGUUCCAAUGUGACGAAGGCUACAAAACUCUUGGCCCUACAGAGGCAGUAUGUGACAAGGGUGGAUUGUGGAGUCCAGGAGUGCCUAUCUGCAGCCAAGGGAGAUGUACCAGCCCACCCCCAGCUGUGCCUAAUGCUGUCUUACAAGGUAGUGCUGCCUACUCCAUUGACACAGUCACCUACCGCUGUAGGCCGGGCUAUCAUUUGAAAGGUUUCCCCCAUCUCUCCUGUGGAAGGUUGGGCAGGUGGGGGGAGCCCAAUCUGAACUGUGAACCUGUUUCUUGUGGCGUGCCUCCUUUGAUCCCAAAUGCAGAGACUGUUGGAAUGGUUAUCACCUAUGGCAGCAAAGCUCAGUACAGGUGUAAAGAGGGGUUUGAAUUGGCAACAAAGACAGACUCAGUUAUAUGUCAAAGUGAUGGCACCUGGUCAAAACACAGUGUUAGGUGUCGACCUUCACCCUGCAGCCUACCAGCCAACCUCACCCAUGUAGUUGUCACAGGGAAGCAGCUCACACCUGUAGGGGGCAGAGUCAUAAUCUCCUGUAGACCAGGGUUCUUCCUUGAGGGACCAGAAAUAUCUGAAUGUGUACUCUCUGGCAAAUGGUCACCACCUUUCUCUUCAAAGUCCUGUGUGCCAGUCAUUUGUGAGAGGCCUCUUCCCAUUCUCAAUGGCUUGGUUGAGGGCAAGAGCUACAAUUAUGGUGAUAUUAUUAGUUACACUUGUCUGCCAGGAUUUGAACUGCAGGGAGACUCUGUUCAGACAUGUCAGUGUGAUAAAACCUGGAGUGGAAUUCAGCCAGUUUGUGUUGCUGUGUCAUGUGGUCCUCCACCAGUGGUGGCCAAUGUCAUUACUAUGUCCAGUGGUGAGACAUACCAAAGUACUGUCAGCUAUAUGUGUAACUCAGGCCUGAGUUUGGUUGGUCCACAGAACAUCACUUGUCAGGCUGAUGGAACAUGGAGCUUACCGCCUCCAGUGUGUGAAGGGGGAUGUGAGAAGCCAACAGACUUAUUGAAUGGAAAGGUGCAAGAACAUAUCCUGGCCAGCGGGCGUGCUCUUGAGUUUCAAUGUGAGAAAGGCUAUACACUGCUGGGAGAGUCUCUCGUCUUGUGUUUAGGAAACAGCUCCUGGAGUUCAUCGUUCCCUGUCUGCAAACCCAAAUCAUGCCCCCGUCCUCCUGGCUGGACUGGAGUCAAUAGCAACACAACACAGACAGUUUUCCUGGUAGGCCAGUCAGUACCAGUCAAGUGUCCUAAAGGUAAACGAGUCAAAGAUAACCAGGCAAAGGGUACCGCCACCUUAACUUGCAGAAGUGAUCAAACCUGGACCCCCAUCAGUGCAGUGUGUGGAACUCGGAGAUUUCAGCUCACGAGUCGCAGGAAGCUUGACAUAACGAACCCUUCACGAAGAGCUGUGUGUUGGCUCCAUUGUAAGAAUGGAGGUGUGUGCCAAAAACCAAACAUUUGUUCCUGUCCAGAGGGAUGGAUGGGACGUUUUUGCGAGGAGCCAAUCUGCAUCCUACCUUGUCUAAAUGGAGGACGCUGUGUAGCUCCAUACCAGUGUGAGUGCCCAGUAGGCUGGACGGGCACACGCUGCCACAAUGCGGUGUGCUCAACACCCUGUUUGAAUGGAGGCAGGUGUAUCCGACCUAACAGGUGUCAUUGCAGUCAAGGAUGGGGAGGAUAUGACUGCUCGAGAAAAAGAAAAUCUGCAUACUUUCUUUUUUAAUGUGCCACGCGACAUGCGCUUGAGUCUGAUCGUGUUGGAACAAGAAACCUUCAGAGACUUGUAAACAACUCGUUUUCUCUUUCUGGAAGUCCUAAGUGGUUUUGUAAAUUAAAGCUGUAUUUUUUCAUGUAGAAAAUGAAACCGUAUUAAAUGUAUGCUGCUGCUGCUAUAUACAUGAACUUGUAUGAUGUGUAAAAAUGUUGAUGUGAUUGUCCAAUGUACAGGUAUAUAAACUAUUCUUUUCAUGUUUUUAUUCAAACAGAAAAUACAGCCAUAUUAAAACCAAGUGUAAUUCUCACUUUCUCAGUUCAUUGUGAAGAAUUCUCAAUUAAACUUUCAGUUUGUUUCA